CGUCUUCGUACGUUGGCCUCCUCCUCUUCUCUUCUUCUUCCUCCAGCUCCUCUCGAUGUCUAUAUAACAAGCCACCGGCUGCUCUCUCCUUCCUCACAACUCAAACAAGAUUCCUGAUUUACCAGCUCAUUUUUACAUAUAGUUCAAACUUAGAGAGAGAAAGAAAGUUGAUCAUCCAUGGAGAGGGUUGCAUCGAGCUGUCUCAGCCUUCUGGCACAAAGGAGGGGUUACUCGGUGGCGGCGGCCGUGGCGAAGGGAGCCGGCCGGAGGGCGGACGAGAAGAAGGUGGCGGCGGCGGUGGCCAAGCGCACGAUGGCGAAGGCCGCCGAGGAGAAGACGGCGUGGGUGCCGGACCCGGUGACCGGGUACUACCGGCCGGCCGGCGGCGCAAAGGAGGUGGACGCGGCGGAGCUGCGCGCCAAGCUGCUCUCCAACUCCAAGAGGAUGGCUGCCAACUGAGACAGAUCGUCGACGUAUCGGUCGGUCGAGGCUAGCUAUGUACUCUGCUUUGAGAUGCGCGCUACCUAGUUGAUCGCUGUCGCUGGCCUCCUUUUGAGAGCUUGUGAGGCCUAAUUUGAGUUGCUUCGUUGAGGACGACUGCUUCUUUGGGUUCGUCUUCUCGGUGUUCUCUAAUAUGAAAUGAGCUACCUUUGUUCAGAUGGUAUGAAGAUUGAUAAUAAUACUAAUAGAGGAUUAUAAGAACAUGAGCCUAUAUAUAAUGCGUGCGUAUUUCAUUCA